CAUCUCAAGAAUCUCGGCCUCAGCAAGCCCGCCCAGGCACUUGUAUGGACCGCCGGCCCGGUUGCAGGCAUGACGAUACAACCCUACUGUGGCGUCUGUAGCGACCAGUGCCUUUCCUCGUGGGGCAGGCGGCGCCCCUUUAUCGCCUGGGGUGCAAUCGCCGUCAUCAUAUCGCUGAUUGGCCUGGCCUCGGCCGAGAGAGUCGCCAUCGACGAGCUAGUCAAAAUGGCAGCGGCAUAUGUAACUGUCUUUUUCAUCGUCGCUCUCAACAUUGCUCUGCAGCCACUGCAAGGAGGACUUCGCGCUCUCGUUGCUGACAUGUGCCCGCAUACGCAACAGCCAGCAGUGACUGCCGUGGCGGGUAUCGUUAUAAGUGCAUCAAAUGUCCUCUGCUAUGCCCUGGGUUUCGUCGACCUCCAGCGCAUACCCGUCCUGCGAGCUUUAGGAGGCGAUUCUCGGUUUUCCAUUUUGUGUAUACUUACGUCGGUAACUCUGGCCAUCUCGGUAGGCCUGACGUGCUUAAGCAUUAGAGAAAGGAGCGCGGUACCAGGUGAUGAUGAAUUCUACACGCAUUCCACUGCAGCAAGAGGCACAAGAUAUACUGCAUGCGCCCAGCUGCGGUAUCUCUGCACCAGCUUCUCCUGUCUACCCCGACAGGUGCAGCAAGUAUUUAAGGUGCAGUUCUUCUCUUGGAUCGGUUGGUUCCCGUUCCUUUUCUAUAUAACCACAUUUACAAGCGAAACUUGUAAGGCGGCCAGAAUGGGUUCGCUCGGACUGAUGCUCUUCGCACUGACUGCACUCGUUGCCGGCACCCUUCUUUCCAUCGCUCACCAGGGUGCCAACCGUGGGAAACACUUUUUAAGCGCCUUCACUAGAUUAUUGCGGAACGUUCGACGCCUAUGGAUCAUGUCCCAGAUCCUUUUUGCUAUUUGUAUGUUUGCUACAUUCUUCGCAUCAUCACUUAUAGGCGUCUACAUUCUCGUUGGUCUUUGUGGCAUUAGCUGGGCAAUUACCAUUUGGGCACCCUACGCUCUCAUUAAUGCACAGAUCGUACAGGACGUGCGCGAUAGCAGAAGUACGAGGCAUUCUGAGCCACUGCUACAACAGGAAGAGGACUCAUUAAUACAGAAUGCCCAGCCACAUGAGAUGGAGGGAAUAAACAAGCAGGAAGACGACUAUGACGAUAGAGGCAAAGUGGAUGACGCCUGCGAGCGACGAUCAGGUGUCAUAUUGGGACUGCACAAUGUCGCUAUCGCAGGACCCCAAAUUGUAGCCGCUGCAAGCUGUAGUCUCAUCUUC